UUUGGUAAUAGUGUAAAGCCUUUAAGUACUGCCACAACUCUCACAACAGUCCAAACCUCUCUCUCCACCUCUCGCUCGCUCUGAAACUGCACUCCCAGGAUCGAGAAGGACCACGUAAACAUGUCGAAACUCUGUUAGAGUUGGAAGCUGAGAAGAAAAACGAAAACAAGAAAGAAAAUGGUGGAAGAAGACGGGUAUGCAUGGGCACCAAUAGGAGCUCCAUUGAACGACGUGCAGAGAGAGGAGCACUGGAGGCACUUUGACAACUCGGUCAACGCCGUGUCGUUCGGCUUCGUUGCUACUGCCAUUCUCAUCUCCAUGUUCCUGGUCAUGGCCAUCUUUGAGAGGUUCCUCAGACCCACCUCACCUGCUCUCUCCCCGUCCAGUGGCCAUAGCCACCGUGACCUUGAGGCCCAGACGGGCUUCAAUGCCAAGCUCGGCCACCCAUCUCCCAAAAUGACUGUAUACACAAGUGGAGUAUCGGUUCUGAUGCCUGGAGAUGAUAUUCCUACCUUCAUUGCACACCCGGCUCCCAUGCCAUGUCCCCCUGAACGUUGUUUAUGGCCUAACCAUCAACAUAUUUCAUUGCCUAAUCUCAACUCAAACUCCAACUUGAGCACAAGCUCAAGCUCACUGGGAGAAAACGAGACAUGAAAAACGCAUGCUUACUUUUUUAAACUCAAAUCUCCAUUGAGCUAAGCAAGAGUUAUCUCCCUAGCCACCGAAGCUGGCAUAUGUCAGACAGAAUUCAAGGUUGCCUCCAUUUCCUUUCCCAUCAGAUUGUAUAUAGCAUUUACUGGGCAGGCUGGCUUUGGCGUGUGAGUCACCAUCCAAGUGGAACUUUCAUUUCGUUUUUAUCUUUUUAAUGUUUAGGUAUUCAAAUAUGAUUGGAUUCUUAAGAGAUAUAUUGCCUUUCCCAUCAGAUUGUAAAUGAGGAAAUAUCACUUCGUGUUGAGUAUGGAGAUUCGUUAGGAGAGUAAGCAAUUUGUUGCAUAUCUAUGUCAGACAAUUACUGAACAAGGAAAGUCAUUAUUGCAGUUACCACUA